AUGGUAGCCACCGACGGUUGGGACUAUAUCAUCAUUGGUGGUGGACUAGCUGGAUGCGUAGUCGCAAGUCGCCUCAAAGAAUACCAAAGCUCGGCUCGUAUCCUAGUCAUCGAAGCAGGCCCAGAUGUCAGCGACAACAAAGACAUCCUCUACCACAGUACUCUCAACUUUGUCGGCGGGAAGUUCGAUUGGGGAUAUAAGAGUGUCCCUCAGAAACAUUAUAACGGCCGAAAGAUUGAUAUUCCAGCUGGUCGCGCGGUAGGAGGUGGCUCCGUAAUAAACGCCUGCGGAUGGCUUCGAGGUGCGAGAGCCGAUUACGAUAGCUGGGGCGAAAUUGUCGGUGACCAACGAUGGACCUAUGAUGGUCAGUUACCAUACCUCAAAAUGACCGAAAAGUGGUAUAAGACCGAGAAUUCCGAGUUCCAUGGGCAGGACGGCAAGCUUAACAUCGAAUCGCCUAUCUCCACAGGUCGCAUCUUUCCUCUGUCAGACAUUGGCGAACAGGCCUAUACCGAAAUCGGCGUCAAAAGGCUCCCGGGAAACGAAAUCAACGCUGGAGAAAACAUAGGAAUCGGUGAGCUUAACGAGAACCGUUCCAAAGGUGCUCGUCAGAUUGCUCCACUAGUGUAUCCCCUCGAUGGUGUUACAGUAUUACCCAACACUCUCGUGGAAUCUGUGAUCAUUGACGCCGGUACUGCGGUUGGUGCUCGCCUCGCCGACGGGACCGAAAUACGUUCGAGUGGGGUCAUUGUAUCGGCUGGCGCGUACCGCACACCACAAGUCUUGAUGCUUUCCGGGAUAGGACCAAAGGAAGUUCUAGAGGAACAUGGAAUCCAAGUGAAGGUCGAUAACCCCCAAGUGGGAAAGAACUUCAACGACCAUGUCAUGAUGCAGGUGAACUGGAAGUUGAAGGAUCCGUCUAAAGGGUAUGCCAUAGGUUCCGCGAAUGCCCUUUUUGCCGAACCGCAGUUUAGGGCUGGAGCGCCUAUAAGUCAAAUUGCUUGCACUGGUGUACCCCGCGGCGGGUUGGAGGCUGCCAUCAUAAAAGAUGAAAGCGAGAUAGACCAGGACCAUUACUUGCUGAAGAGAAGCUGGGCAGUGAUGGAAAGUAUGCUUCUCUACCUAUCGUUCCCACCCAUUCCAGUUGACGGGACGCACAUCAGUACCGCCCUCAUGGCAAUGAAGCCAACGUCGCGUGGAACCGUUACUAUCGCAUCGAAGAAUCCAGCUGACGCGCCGAUACUCGAUCCGAAUUAUUACGCCACGGAAGUUGAUAAAUAUGUGUGGCGUCAUUCCAUGCGCAGUAUCGCCACUUUGUUGACAGGCGACACGGUAUUAGGUCGUGAUAUUGUUGAAAACGAAACCCCACCCCCAGGGUUCGAUGAACCGCUAACUCCGAAUUCAAGCGACGAGUACAUAGACAGCAGGAUAAAAGCCCAGGGCAUAUCCACGUUCCAUGGCUCUAGUUCAUGUUCGAUGGGCGAAGUAGUGGACAAUGACCUGCGCGUGAGAGGUGUUAAGAACUUAUGGAUUGCUGAUGCGUCGGUAUUUCCUAUAUCUAUCGGCGCACAUAUUCAAGCCGCUGUAUAUGCAUUGGCAGAACAGGCUGCUUUCAUCAUAACCCAUGAUAAGAGUGGAUGAUAUGCGUAUGUGUACCUAGAUAGACAUCACUUGCUGUCUUGUUAGGUAUUAAUAGUCAUCUAUACUUUCAUAGAUACCUAGGUAUCUAGGUAUUUGGGGUACUCAGACUCAAGAUAAAUGCGUAUGCUGAGACAUGCUUACUUUUAAGUGUACCAAUAUAUUGAUACGGAUCGACCAUAAUACGUCAAAUCCAUCAAGGUUACUGUAGGGUCGGUUAACUCCGCUCUGUUGGAAGAGAUUAUGUAGUUUGUUGAAUUGGUAAGAGGCAGAGCUUUGCGGGUAUGCCAGAU